AUGUGGUACCCGCUGAAAGACGCACUCAAGGCAGCCUACAAGAUUCUACAUCUGCCCGCAGGAGCCCAAGCCUUCGCCACUCAUCUCUCUCCGGGCCAGGCCUUCAGAUUCAGAGAUAAGAAGCCUCCCACCGCCCCCACCCCCCUCAGGUCUCUGCCCGGCCCCUCGAGCCCCAGCCUGGCGCUGCCCCGCAGUCCACGGGGAGACCCACCCCCUCUGCCGGCUGCCUCUCCGUCGAGGGGUGAAGAGGAGGCAGAGAGCUCCCCUCAGAAGCCAGGCUCCCUUGGGCAUAUUUGGAAAUAUGGAGCCGUGCACGCUUCAGCAGCUGCGUUCCUGGUUGACUUCCGGGUCUGCAAGCAGAGUGCCUCUGAUCAGGAGGAGCUCCUGCCGGAGAAGCCCCAGUGGCGGGAGUCCCAGCUUUGCCAAGUGGGAGAAGGCGGGCCGGCCCUGGGGGCUGCUGUUGUGGCCCCAGGGCUGAGUCCAGGCGGGGUCUGGCCUUGGCCUCAGGCCCCCAGGGAGCCGGCCCUACUCUCCAUGGGGUUGCCACCGCCCAGGGAGAAGGGGCACAUUCUCUGCCUGUGGAGAAAGUUCCACAGGUGGUUCCAGAGACAGGAGUCAUGGGCUCAGAGGCGAGAUGAGCAGAGCCUGCUGCAGCAGAAGAGGAUCUGGGAGUCUCCUCUCCUCACAGCUGCCAAGGAGAACGAUAUCCAGGCUCUCCGCAAGCUGCUCAAAUAUGAAGCCUGCGAUGUCCACGAGAAAGGAGCCCUGGGGGAGACGGCGCUGCACGUGGCGGCCCUCUAUGACCACCUGGAGGCCGCCAUCGCGCUGAUGGAGGCUGCCCCGGAGCUGGUCGACGAGCCCAUUACCUCCGAGCUGUAUGAAGGUCAGACGGCACUGCACAUGGCCGUCAUGAACCAGAACGUGAACUUGGUGAAAGCCCUGCUCGCCCACGGGGCCAGCGUGUCUGCAAGAGUUACAGGCUCCAAUUUCUGCCCGGGUCCCCACAACCUCCUCUACUUUGGGGAGCACCCUUUGUCCUUUGCGGCCUGCAUGGGCAGCGAGGAGAUCGUGAGGCUGCUCGUUGAGCACGGCGCCGACAUCCGGGCCCAGGACUCCCUGGGAAACACAGUGUUGCACGUCCUGGUCCUGCAGCCCAGCAAGACCUUUGCCUGCCACAUGUACAACCUGCUGCUGUCCUACGAUGCGUACGGGGGCCACCUGCCGUCGCUGGAGCUUGUGCCCAAUCACCAGGGCCUCACGCCCUUCAAGCUGGCUGGAGUGGAGGGCAACACCACGAUGUUCCGGCACCUGAUGCAGAAGCGGAAGCACAUCCAGUGGACGUGCGGGCCCCUGACCUCCACUCUCUACGACCUCACGGAGAUCGACUCCCCAGGGGAGGGGCAAUCCCUGCUGGAGCUUAUCGUCACCUCCAAGAAGCGGGAGGCUCGCCAGAUCCUGGACCAGACGCCAGUGAAGGAGCUGGUGAACCUCAAGUGGAAGAGAUAUGGGCGGCCAUACUUCUGUAUGCUGGCUCCCUUCCGAAAUCUACAGCUUAGCAACCUCUACUGA